UUUCAACUUUUAAACAAAACUGAAUUAAGAAUUAAAAUUUUUAAUUAACUAGCCUUUAACAAGAAAUUGAUUCUUUUUAUCAAUCGAAUUUUCUUCAAAACAACUUAAUUAUUUUAGUUAAUCAUUUGAAUCUUAGAAGCAAAUUCAAGUUUUGAUUGUUAAUCAUCUGAAACUCUUGUUUUUGUAAAUUGAAAGUGUUCAUCUGAGAAAUUGGAAUUAAUUUGCAAAAUUAACCAUGUCUGCCUUUGGUAUAAUUGUGAGCGGUCGUUUGGUUCAAACUGAUUUCCAACCGGUUGAUGCUGGUAAAUUUUUGAUAACCAUACCAAGUCCUGAGAGUCUUAAUCACAUUGUCGUCUUUCUCACCGGAACCUCACCCUUACCUGUUGAGAUGGGUGCAAGUGUCUAUUUCUCAUGGCCUGACCCAACCAGUCCACCUACAUGGCAAUACUUGGGUUACAUUUCAAAUGAUAAACCAUCGGCCAUUUUUAGGAUAACCAAGUUAAAAAAUGCAACUCCUGCGAACACUUUUGCCUUUUCUCAACCCAUUGUUGCUCAAUAUGCUCAGAUUGGUAUCUCAUGUGAACCAUUAACUCAAAUUGCUCAAUUAACUGCUGAUAUAACAGUCAAUCCAAUGGGAUCAGAUUCACUGGUUACCUAUGCAGCAAAAACAGCGGAAAAUUUAUUCAAUUAUACCUGUUCAUUUGCUCGAACCAUAUUACCCAAUACAAAUGAACAAUAUGUUCCACUUUCAAUUAUCCAACAAUGGUACACUAAUUUCAUGAGAAGAGUUGAACAAGAUCCAACAUUCAUGAAAGGAUAAAUCAUCAUUAUCAUCAUCAUCAUCAUCUUUAAUCACCAUAUUUACAUCUCUACUCUUUCAUACAUACAAACUGAACUGAUAAUUUUUUUUUAAAAAACUUGUACAAAAAAAUUGUUUCCUUUUACCAACUCAAUUUAUAUUGUAACAAUUAUUCAAUCAUCAGUGUAAUUCAUAUCAUUCACAAUUUAAACCUAAAUUGUA